GAACCGCAGCGAACGUGGUUUUAGUUUUAUGUAAUUUUGUUAAAUACAAAACUGUAAAUACAAUGAAAAUAAAAUUGAUAUUGUGCCUCAUUGUCGUGGUUCGUGGCAAUCCAACAAACAGCAGCUGUAAAGAAAUACAUUUAAACAAUAAACCUCAUAAAAAACAUGUCCUAGGCAUGGGAUUAAACCGACCAUAUCAGUUAGCCUACGACCACAAUGAACACAAAGUUUUCUUCAGCUACAACAUUGGAAACGACACUGAAGACACAUUUCAAAUUGGCUACAUAAAGAAAGACCAUAUAAAACACGAGAAUGUUCCAGAUGUGGUAAACGGUUUUGCUAUCGCAGUCGAUAAUAAAGAUAAUAUAAUUUAUUUUGGUGGCAGUGAAGGUAUAUAUAAGCAGCACCUGAAACCUAACAGCACGGUUGAAAAAAUCCUCAGCAAUCAUAAUAUUUGGGACAUGUUCUUCAAGCAUCAUCUUUAUUUCAUUGAUUAUCCAUCGCAGCAUCUCUACAAAUGCAUUCAUGGAAAAUCUGGCAUUGAAACAGAACAUCAGAAACAUAUUCACGAGAAAAUAUACCAAUAUGUGAUCGAUGGAGAUGAUGAUACUUUCAUUACAAAUGAGACUGGCUUGUAUUUGAUCAAGAAUGGUACCACUCAUCGGAUCUUCUAUGGAGAGCCAACUGUUUUUAGAGCCAUUGAAGUGAACAACAAAGGUGUAGCAUAUUUUAGUGCCAAAGACGGAAUUUAUGUUGCUGAUAAAACAAGUAACAAGCUGGAGAUUGUAGUUCAUAUAAAAAAUAUAUUCGGUAUCACCUUCGAUAAGGAUGACAAUAUUAUUUACUCGAGUCCUUACGAAAUUAUUAAAAUAUUGCCAGAACGUUGCAAAUAAACUAUAAAGGAUGCCACUUUAUGUUUAUAGUUUGUAAAAUUCUAUUUUUGUUUGUUUGAAUAAAAGAUCAAGUAACGUAACGAUCAAGUCAAUAAGUUCAAAUUGUAGGUUACAAAAUUACACCCACAUGCUUUAUUUACACGAUUCAGAGUAAAAUAAGAAAUCUUUUUAAUGUAAUGUAUAAAGCUACUAAGUAAGUAAUUUAAUAAACCUCAUUACGUAG